GACCGACAAAUGCGGCGCAGCCUUUUAGUCUGCCUAGUCGUCCACAGCCCUUUACCCGCGGAUUUCCACCAAACAAUUGCAUACGAUCUGCUUAGAGAUACAAUCCUCUCUCUUCCGUUGUCUCUCUAAAUAUGAGGUGGUUUGUGUCCUGAAACAUGGUGGAGCUGAAGCGUCAGUGAAGCAGCCUCAGCCCUCUUGCACCGAGCCAGGAUGUCCAGCAGCUCCGGCUACCCCCCCGGCCAGGGGAGCUUCAGCAGUGAGCAGAGCCGGUACCCAUCCCAUUCUGUACAGUACACGUUCAGCAGCACGCGGCACCACCAGGAUUUCACCAUCCAGGAUUAUCGGACUCACAUGCAGGAUCCGCAGGGGCGAAGACGACCGUCUUUACUAUCUGAAUUCCACCCUGGGACUGAAAGGCCUCCAGAGAGACGCCAUGGUUAUGAGCAGCAGUUCAACUCCAUCUCAACUCAGCCUGAACACGAGGCACUGGAGGCUAAGCGCCCACGCAUGGAGUCCAUCGCCGAGGCUCACAUCACCCGCACCCCUCCUUCCUCCGGGGGUAUUCUGCUGCCUAUGCACCACACCAUACAGGACAGCCUCCGAGCCACCGUGGAGGUCAAGAAGGAGUCGCCAUUCACUGUGAAAGUGGAAUGUCCUUCGCCAGGAGGGCCGACGCUACAUAUUGGGGAAGAGCACGACACCUCCCCUUCCAAGCUGUCCAAGGAGGAGCUGAUUCAGAGUAUGGACCGCGUGGACAGAGAGAUUGCUAAAGUGGAGCAGCAGAUUUCCAAGCUGAAGAAGAAGCAACAACAACUGGAGGAGGAAGCGGCAAAGCCAGUGGAGCCAGAAAAGCCAGUGACCCCUCCCCCAGUGGAGCACAAGCAUCGCAGCAUAGUCCAAAUCAUCUAUGAUGAGAACAGGAAAAAAGCUGAAGAGGCCCAUAAAAUCCUAGAAGGUCUUGGUCCCAAGGUGGAGCUGCCACUCUACAAUCAGCCAUCAGACACCAAAGUUUACCAUGACAACAUUAAAACCAAUCAAGUCAUGAGGAAGAAGCUGAUUCUGUUUUUUAAGAGGAGGAACCAUGCCCGGAAACAAAGGGAACAGAAGAUCUGCCAGCGCUACGACCAACUGAUGGAAGCUUGGGAGAAGAAGGUGGAGCGCAUGGAGAACAACCCCAGGCGCAAAGCCAAGGAGAGCAGAACACGGGAAUACUAUGAAAGGCAAUUCCCUGAGAUCCGAAAGCAGAGAGAACAGCAGGAGCGCUUUCAGAGGGUCGGCCAGAGAGGAACCGGCCUCUCCGCCACAAUUGCCAGAAGCGAGCACGAGAUUUCUGAAAUCAUAGACGGCCUUUCCGAACAGGAGAACAAUGAAAAACAGAUGAGACAGCUGUCUGUCAUCCCCCCCAUGAUGUACGACUCGGAGCAGAGGCGAGUGAAGUUCAUCAACAUGAACGGCUUGAUGGACGACCCCAUGAAGGUGUACAAAGCACGGCAGUUCAUGAACGUUUGGACGGAGCAUGAGAAGGAGAUCUUUAAAGAGAAGUUUGUCCAGCACCCCAAGAACUUUGGCCUGAUUGCCUCCUAUCUAGAGAGAAAGUGUGUAGCCGACUGUGUACUGUACUACUACUUGACCAAGAAAAACCACAACUACAAGACGCUGGUGAGACGCAACUACGGUAGACGGAGGGGAAGGAACCAGCAAAUAACACGUCCCUCACAAGAAGACAAGUCAGACGACAAAAACGAAGACGACAAAUCUGAGAAGUCUGAGAAGAAAGAGGAAGAGGAAAAGAAGGACGAGGAAGAGAAAGAUGAAAAGGAGGAGUCAAGGGACAUUGGCAAGGACAAAGACAAGUGUGACGGCGGGGAGGACGAGGACGGAAAGGAGCAAAACACGCCGCGUGGCAGGAAGACGGCCAACAGCCAGGGCCGACGUAAGGGAAGGAUCACCACACGCUCCAUGGCCAGUGAGGCUGCCACUGUGGCGGCGGAGGAGGCCCCUCCCCCAGCUUCAGAGGCUGCCGCCGCAGAUCCUCCGCUCCUCCCUAAAUCUGACACGGCUCAGAAGUCCAUGAAGGAGCCAGCCAAACCGCCCACCCCGGUCACUUCGGUGGACGCUAAAGCUGCUGCCGGUGAAACUGGAGAAACUUCUCGCUGGACCGAGGAGGAGAUGGAGGUUGCCAAAAAAGGCUUAGUUGAGCACGGGCGCAACUGGCCGGCCAUCGCCAAAAUGGUUGGCACCAAAAGUGAGGCACAGUGCAAGAACUUCUAUUUCAACUACAAAAGACGUCACAAUCUGGACAACCUUCUUCAGCAGCAUAAGCAGGACACCCGUCGGGCUCGGGCUGACGGAGCUCAAGGUGAAGGUCUGACCACAGCCUCACCUGACGACGACGAGGACAAUGCAGAUGACAGUGAAGGAGGUGACAAUAGCUCUGAUACAGAGAGCGCUCCCUCCCCCUCCCAAACCGACUCUACAAAGUCUGGAGACUCCAAGAAAGCAGACAGCACCGCAGGAGAUGCUCAGAGCUCAGACGCUCAGGUCAACAAUGCCAAGUCUGACCCUUCCUCAUACGGGAAUCUCUGCGUCAAGGAGGAGAAAAGCCCAGAGGGCGAGGCUGGCUCUCAAGAGGAGAAAACCAGAGUGGCUUCCUACUCCGGUGUGGUCCAUCCAAAAACUGAACCUCAAGAUGUGGACUUGAAAUCGGGAGAGAUUCAGGUGAAAAUGGAACCUGAGAUCAAGGAGAAAGGAGACAAAGGAGAUCACGGUGAAAGGCAGAGGGAGCUCCACUCCGAUAAUGACUCCAGCGCCACCUGCAGUGCGGAUGAAGAUGUCGAAGCGGAGCCUGAAAGGCAGCGAAUACUUUCUAUGGAGAAGCCAUCUUUGCUCAACCCUGCAGGUACAGUCCUGGUGUCUUCACCCAAGCAAGCUCCUCUCAACAUCCAGCAGAUGCACCAGCGGGCUGCUGCCAUCCCACCAAUGGUACCUGGUCCAUACGGCUCCAGUCCGGUGCCCAUCAGCGGCUUUGCCAUGUUGCAGCACCAAAUCAAAGCCGUGCAUGCGUCAGCACAUCAGGAUGAGAAGCAGAGGCAGGAUCAGGGCGACGUGGAGCGUAGACCGCCCUUCAACACUCGCAGCCCAAGUGUACUGGACAGAGACGGUAAGCCCCCUCCCUACAUGCCUUAUGAAAUGAUGUUGGCUCUGGACCAGGAGGCCCUCUCUGGUCGGUCAGGCUCCCCCCACAGACUGUCCUCACCCCAGCCUGACCCCAACAUCCCCAAUGCUUCCCGCUACAGUGUGCCGCCAGUGCUCCACCCAGCCCCCAACCAGCUGAUCCAGAGUCUGCCAGAUGGAAUCCGGAUGACUUUCAGCAGGCCCAGUCGACCUCCCAACAUUCCCUCUCCUCCUCCUCUCAUUCCAACCACCAAACCGACAGACAAGCCGUCCUUCAUUCACGGGGGCUCUAUAUCUCAGGGAACCCCUGGUACCUACCUGCCCUCUCACUCCGUUUAUGGGCCCGAGGGGAGUAAAAGCACUGUGGGCUCCAUCUCUCUGGGCCUGCCUCGGCACCAGGACCCCAACAAGUCUGGAGCAGCAGUUCCAUCGAUGCUUGACGGUCGAGGCAACCUGGCAAAAAUGGGCGAGAGCCUGGCUUUCAGAGGCUCGAUCACUCAGGGCACUCCAGCCCUCCCCCAGGCCACGGUUGCUGCUGACCUGCUGAAGGGCACCAUCACAAAACUGGCCACGGAGGACCUGAGCGGCUCUGACAAGUCCAGGGGAGACCAACUGACUAAAGGUCAUGUGAUCUAUGAAGGCAAGAGUGGUCAUAUCCUCUCUUACGAUGCUAUCAAGAACCCAAGGGAGAACACCCGUAGCCCCAGGACUGGCCAUGAGUUGAAACGUGCUUACGACAUGGAGGCAUCCAUUGGCAGAGGCCAUACUGGCAGAGAAGGGGCUCCAUUUGAAGGUUUGAUUAGCAGAGCCAUGCCCAGAGAAGGUCUCCAUGGAGAUACCAAAGAAAGACCACUAAUCACUGGAUCCAUCAUGCAAGGGACACCGAGAGCAGCUGCAGAGACAUGCGAAGACACUCUGAAAUAUGGAAAACGGAUUAAACGAGAGAGCCCACCCAUCCGCUCUUUUGAUGGGGGAAUUGGCAAAGGAAAGCCCUAUGAAGGAGUAAACACCAUUAAAGAGACGGGGCGAUCCAUUCAUGAAAUCCCUCGACAAGACCAGCCUGGCCAGGACGUCAGAAAGACCCCUGACCUGUCAGACAGGAGGGUCAUUGAGGGAUCCAUGCCUCAGAUUCACUCCCUGAACCAGCCUACCAUCAAGCACAAUGUCAAGUCCCUCAUCACCAGCCCCAGCAAGCUUCCCCACAGCAUCCCCCAGCUGGAGGCCAUGGAACGAGCCAAAUACGAGGAGAGCAAGGCGGUGCGCCACACCUCUGUGGUGAACUCCACCACGUCUGUGCUGCGGUCCACACACCAGGAAGCUGUCAAAUCCCAGCUCAGCCCCGGCUUGUACGAGGAUGCCAACGCUCGCAGGACCCCUGUGAGCUACAGCUCCAACCCCGUGAGCAGAGGUUCACCCAUGCUGGGACGCUCAUCAGACGGAUCCAAGUCUUCAGCACAUGACAGAAAGAACGCCAUGACACCCACGCAGAGGGAAAGCGUCCCAGCCAAGUCGCCGGUGUCUGGCGGUGACCCCGGGUCUUCUCACAGCCCUUUCGACCCUCAUCACAGGCCGGUCGUACCCGGGGAAGUGUACCGAGGCCACCUUCCCCCGCAUCUCGACCCCAGUAUUGCCUUCCACAGAGUGAUUGAUCCCGCCUUCAUGUUUCCUCGGCAGCCAUCCCCAACCGGCUACCACAACACAUACCAGCUAUACACUAUGGAGAACACCAGGCAGACCAUCCUCAACGAUUACAUCACUUCCCAGCAGAUGCAGGUCAUCCCCCGGCCCGAUAUGGCUCGAGGGCUGUCACCGCGGGAACAGCCCGUUGCCAUUCCUUAUCCAGCUGGAGCCAGAGGGAUUAUUGAUCUAGCCCAGAUGCCUCCAACUAUCCUGUUGCCUCAUCCUGGGGGAACAGGUACUCCCACUUUGGAACGCAUCGCCUACCUCCCUGGAGCUCAGCCCCCUUUCCCUACUAGGGCUUUCAACCCAACUUCCAUAUCGCCAGGCCAUCCUGCCCACCUUGCUGCCGCGGCUAGUGUGGAGAGGGAACGCGAGCGUGAGCGUGACCGUGAACAGCAGGAGAAGGAGAGGGAAAAGGAACGGGAGCAAAGGGAGCGGGACAGAGAGAUUCGAGAACGGGAGCGGGACAGAGAGCGGACGAGUGAUUACAUCCGUGCAAGUGGAGCAGAGCAGCCAGGCCGACCAGGAAGUCGAGGUUACCUCCACUCUCCAUCGCCCUCACUCAGGACGCAGGAAGUGGUUGUUCAGCAGAGGCCGAGCAUCUUUCAGGGCAAAAGUGUCAUCACUUCUCUCAUGCCUCAUUCAGCAGCAGCGACGUCGGCGGCCCAGAGUAAUUCCCGUUACAGCACCGCCGCUGAUGCACUGGCCGCUCUGGUGGAUAUCGCCGCCUCCGCGCCGCCCGUGGACGUCACUAAAGUCAAGGAGAGCAAACGGGAUGACCGUGACGAUGAAAUAUCUUCAACAUCUCGGCGGGCGGCGAGCUUCUCGGAACAGCAGCAAGAGUCAGAGCGGAGAUCGGUAGCCUACGGGGCCAUGACGCUGCCGGGGGGCAAGCCCCACCCGGCGUACCCUGAGGGUGCUGGAACUAAAGAUAAGGGACCUCAAACCUCAAAGUCGCGUAUCGAGGAAGAGCUUCGAACCCGGGGAAAAACCACAAUUACGGCCGCCAACUUCAUCGACGUCAUCAUUACGCGACAGAUCGCCUCGGAGAAAGACUCCAGAGAGCGAGGCUCUCAGAGCUCCGACUCCUCUAGCAGCCUGUCAUCAAGUCGAUAUGACAACCCGGCCGGGGGGGCCAUUGAAGUAAUAAGUCCUGCUAGUUCUCCAGCCCAAUCCCAACAGGACAAGCUUGACGAGGGUCAACAGACGGCAGCUGGUAUGCGGUCCUACGAUAUGAGUCGAUACCGACCUUCAGGGGAGCCCCCACAGGCCAGCUGCCAGCAGCCCCCCUCCUCCCAGGCUGACAGUUACUCCCAAAUCCCCAAGACACACCGGGUCAUGACCUUGGCAGACCACAUCUCGCAUAUCAUAACUCAAGACUUUGCCCGGAACCAAGAUGCUCCCUCAGUUUCGUCUUCAGCCUCUGCUACAUUCCAGAGCACGGUGCCACCCGUGUCGUCUUCGGGUCGGGCUAAGUUGCCUAGUCGCUACAGUCCUGAGACUCAAGUCCAUGCCCCGCAUCACCAUCGGCCUCCCAGCAGGGUUUCGCCAGAAAACAGCACAGACAAGCCCAGAUCCAGACCUGGAAAGUCUCCAGAGAGAAGCGGGAGGCAGAUGGACAACUAUGAACCAAUCUCACCGCCGCAGAGCUACCAAAGCAUGGACAAGCAGGAGGCUGCUGGGCCUGCGGUCCAAAGGCGAGAGGCAGAUAACUCUGAGAUCAGGAGCGACUCCCGAUCUCCUGGCAGUGUCAGUUAUCUGCCCUCCUUCUUCACCAAACUGGAGAACACCUCCCCUAUGGUGAAAUCCAAAAAGCAGGAGAUCUUUCGUAAGUUGAACUCCACCUCUGGUGUCGGUGAUUCUGAUGUUGGAAAUGCCCAACCAGGCACGGAGAUUUUCAACUUGCCUGCGGUCACCAGCUCCAGCAGCAUCAACCCCAGGAACCACUCUUUCAGCGACCCUGCCAGUAACCUGGGCCUGGAGGACAUCAUCCGUAAAGCCUUGAUGGGCAACCUGGAGGACAGGCAGGAGGAGCACCAGGGGGCAGUAGGUGCCAUCAGCAGCAUGAGCAGCGACGCCCGCCAGGAGGCCAAUCCGUCACCCAGCAUCGGAAAACAGAAGCAGAGUAAAGCCAACAGUCGUAAAUCCAAGUCUCCUAAUCUGGGUCAGGCCUAUUCGGGAGGGGAUCGUCCCUCCUCGGUGUCCUCCGUCCACUCCGAUGGAGACUACCACAGACAAUCACAAGCCCAGUCCCAGUGGAGCUGGGACGACCGACCGUCAUCUGCGGGGUCCAUGCAGUUCCCCUACAACCCGCUGACCAUGCGCAUAAUGAGCAGCACGCCACCCACCUCCAUAUCAUCCCCUUCCAUACAGAGCCAGCAGCAGCCGCAGCCCCCUCCCGCCGGCGCUCAGGGGGGCCAGCAGCGCGUGUGGCAGUCCCUGCUGUCAGAGCAAUACGAGGCCCUGUCAGACAGCGACGACUGAGCUCGGUCCGCUCGCUCGCCCUGCAGCCAAGAAGGGAGGAAAAGCGGCCGAGCCGGGUUCCGAGUCCGUCUGCUCUCCCCACACCUCUUCAAGACAGCGGUGGAGUCAAGUCCACGGGGUGGUGUCCAAUUUUUUUCUGGUGCUAUGGCGCCCCCUGGCUGUUAGCUGAGUGUACAAGCGGCGGCCCGUGACGGACUGGGCUCUCCGGAACAGGACUCUUUUGCUUUGGGAGAGCUGGCCCGGUCUGUUGGGGGAAUAAAACUCGACUGAGUGGAUGACUUGAGAUACAGUGAAGUAGAUAUGUAAAUUUGACAAUUUUCUUUGAUUUCUGUAAAGCUAUAAAUCAACCUACCAGAAAAUCGUAUGUAAAUAGGAUAACCUUUUUUGCAGUGUGUUUCUUAACUUGAUUAUUUCUUAUUUUAAUGUCGCUUUGAAAUGAAUCCACUCUAAAUGCUAAGUGAAGAUGUGUAAUCUUUAAUGCCGUCACUUUAAUAUGUGAUUUACCCCCCCAACCCCCCCAACUUGGACAACAAGUUAUGAAGGCUGGUGUUAGACAGAGGCGUGAUGAAUGAAUGAAUGAAUGAAUGAAUGAAUGAAUGAAUGAAUCCUGGACCCUGUCCAAAAAGCCAGCCAAUGUGUUUUACCCCUGAUAAAGUUACAUCUGCAGUUUCCAAGCUUGUCCAGAAGGGCGAGCUCCAAAAUUUUUGGAAAUUUCUGUAUGCUUCCACCCCACUUCCCAUUUUUGGAUCUUUUGUCAUGCCUUGUGACUUGAGAAAGAAGGCAGCUUUAACUCGUUUUCUCAGAGAUAUGUUUGUGUUGGAUGUUUGUCUUUGUUUAUUUAGUACAUUUAAAAAAAAAAUCCUUACCUGAAACAAAAAAAUCUGUAGAAUGUCUUUCCAAUUCAAGACACGAUUUUGCACUUUUGACUUAUUGGUAGGAAAAUCCAUCCUACCUGCUGUUUGUGAGUAAUUGAUAAUGUUCUUCUGGGUUUCCAAACCACUCACAGCUACAAGUGAUUCCAAUCCAUGGCCUUUCUGUUUUUGGUAUUUCAAAUAUAAACUAAACUACACAGGCGCCAUAAAUGGCUGUAAUGUUACUUGCAAAUCUUUUCCAGUAUAUAUGGAUAAAUGCUCCAAAAUCUUUACUGUUAGCAGUCCCCUGUGCUUCAACUGUCCUCCUUUUUAUAUACACUUUCAAUCUUUUGGCACAGCACAUGUUCAGAUGUUUUUUCUGACUAUUUCCACACGUUUGUUUUGUGUCCUGUUUAUGGGAUGGUAGUUGUUUACAAAGGCAAUGACAAAAACGUUUACAAACUUGACUUGGAAAAGAAAUAUCGACUUGAAGCCGAAAAAGAAUUACAACAUCUUUUCAAGAUAGAAAACCCGCAGUUGGCUGUUUUGUUUUUUUUUUUUAAAUCCCGACUUGAAAACGCUUGUAUCAUUUGACGUUGAAAUGCAAUGAAUCGUAUGGCACAAUGUCUUUUAGUUGGUAAAUACAAAACUUCAGACCAAUAAAGUGGAUCAGUUCUGCGCCACUGUAA